CUAAAUUAUCAUCAUCCCCACUAAAAGCAAGAUUAAUUAUAGCUCACAGAGAAAGAAAGGUCAUUCUGUGAGUCAGCACCAACAGCUAGCCCAAUGAAACCGCGUAGGUAGGGUUGUCUAUGCUGCCAUGUGACUCGUCUCAUCUCCUUCAACAGUUGUAAUGAUGCAUUAAAGUCUUCUCCUUCCCACCAUAACUUUACUUCUCUUUCAGAAAUGCGCCUCUUAUAAAUUCCUCCACUCUCUUUCUCUCUCUCUCUCUUCUAUAAUAAUAAUUCUGGAUCCACUCCGAUGCUGUUAGUUCAUCAAUCUUGAAGGAAACACCUAGAUUUCACAAAUGGCUCCACAAAUGUACUUCAGUGGCAGAAAGGUACUCUUACUUUAUCUUGCUCUGUUCCUCUUUAGCACCUCUGUUCUCUUCUGUGCCUGCUCGGAAUCUCAGCUUCAAACCAAAAAGUUCAAUGUUAGAAGAAGGAUGUUGGAAGUAGAAAAGGAAGAGCAGCCAAAGAAGAAGAUCACCAGCAGUAGCCUAUCCACCAAGAACCAGACGAAGCUUCUCAAGCCUAGCAUAUCCUCAAAAAACCAAACCAAACUCUUCAAACCUAGUAGUUUGUCCAGCAAAAACCAGACCAAGCUCGCCAAACCCAGUUUGUCUUUGUCAAGCAAAAACCAAACCAAGCUCUCCAAACCUUCAAAUUCUACGAAACCAGUAUCUGGUAUUUUUUCUAAGAUGGAGCUCAAGAAGCUCAAUUCCACAUCCAAAAUCAAAAAGCUCAAUCCCAUAUCGAAAGCCGCAAACUCUACAAAACUCACUUCAUUUUCCGCGAAGAAAUCCGCAGAUCUGCUCAAACUAAGCACACCCAAGAACAAAACAACAAAACCCACCUCCCCUAAAGACGCUCAAUCUCAUCUAGACCAAAAACCAAACAGGGACCAGAUGGCAGAUAAAAAACCCAACCAACAGAAGACAAAGAAACAACCACAGCCCAGCUGGAUUGACCAAGAUGAUCAAGAUGAUUUUGCUUCAGGGUUCACAGAUUUAGCAGAUUUACCCAACAAAUUCCAGAAAACUUUGAUUCCAGACCUUGAAAAGUUCUCGAGCACCUCCAAAGCCUACCUCAACAAAGCCAACAAAGAAAUCACAAAAGGGUUCAAACCCAUUGUCGGCAACAAAUAUGCACCCACCAUCGCUGCUGUAAUUUCUUGCGCUUUCAUAUUCAUCCCUUUGCUUUUGGUCUCUCUCAUUUUCAAUAGGAUUAAAGCUUAUUUCUCGCUUCAAAAGCUCUUGAUCUUCAUCCAAAUAUACCUCUCCAUCUACUUCUCCAUUCUUUGCCUCUCCUCCCUCAUCACGGGGCUGGAGCCCCUGAAGUUUUUCUACUCUACUUCGCAAUCCACAUACGUUUGUCUACAGGUGCUGCAAACGCUUGGAUACGUAUUGUAUCUGUUGCUGCUGUUGAUGUAUCUGGUCCUCGUCUUCUCGACCGAAUGUGGGCUGGGCUCGAAGUUGCUGGGCCUGGGCCAGACCUUUGUCGGCUUCGCGAUCGGGCUACACUACUACAUGGCGGUGUUUCACAUGAUGGUGUUGCACCAACCGCCACAGACCAAUUGGAAGGUUCACGGGGUAUAUGCCACGUGUUUCCUCGUCAUUUGUCUGUUCGCUGGGGCUGACAGAAGAAAGAAAUCCUACUUGGAAGAUGGCGGUGAGGAGGGGAAGAAGAACUAGUCUUUCUCAUUAAUCCUAUUUCUUAUUUAAUUCUAUUAAUUGGAAGGUUUAAUUGCCUUUUUUUUCCCACCAUAAUUUGUAGUGAGCACAAAAUAAUAAUACCAUUGGCCAAGCAACCAUGGUGUUAUUACUUAUUUACUUUUAGGGAUGUACAAGAAAGUGGAUCCAUUUUACCUUCUUCAUUUUCUAUUACUUCUGUAUUGUUAAGUUAUUACCACAAUAAAAGCUCAACCCCACAAUUUCUUUUCA